CAACAAGACUCGAACAUAACAGGAAUAUAAAAUUGGCGCAAUUCGGAGGAUCUUACAGUUUACGAUUCCAUCGCCGAGAAGAAACGCGUACAAGAAGCGUUUGUUUGAGAGACGGAAAAAACUUACGAAAAGAGCAACAAAGAUGAUUACUUUACGGACGGUGGCGUUCAUCGUCGCCGUCGGUCUCGUCGGUGCCGAACAGAUCCAAAAGACAGUUGAAAAGAACAUCCAAUGGACUGGCGGAUCCUUCGAAUGGCCUUCUCCAGCUACUAAGAGCUUAUUCAGAAACAGCAAUCGUUACAUCUCGAAGAACGUUCUCUCUACCAGAGUUGCAAUCUACAAGGACGAUGCUAUCCUUGCCUUGCCCAGAUUUAAGCCUGGCGUGCCGGUGACCUUAGCAAAAGUUUCCUUGAAAGACAAGAAUUGCCAACAAGCCACUCUUUCCGCUUUUCCUUCCUGGUCGAUUCAAGAAGAAGGCACGUGCUCCGCGUUACAGAAUGUCGUAGACCUUUAUUUGGAUCCUCAAGAAGUUCUUUGGGUUCUGGACACGGGUAUCGUAAACUCUCUGGAAAAGUCUGAACGUAAAUGCUCACCAAAAGUUGUUGCUCUGAACGUACGAACCGGCAAGGUCGUAAAGAUCGUCGAUUUGUCCGGUUUAACGAGUGUUUCGUCCCGAUUGCAAUACGUGGUAGCGGACUACAAUCCAGACGGUCGCGUCUUCAUUUACGUGUCGGACGCAGCUACAAGAGCGAUCCUCGUAUACGACGUGACUUCUGGUCGCGGCUACCGCGUCGUACUUCCGGAAGCGGUGACACUAAACUGCAGCCGACGUGACGUGCUAUAUCUCGCGUUGAUACGCCAUCAGGAUGGUAGCACCUGCUUAAUUUUUACGUAUCUCGGUAGCAAUCGCGUGUUCUCCAUUCGCACGGAUCACUUGCGCAGCGGCCACACGCAAGGCAAAAUUCAUGACCUCGGACCAAAGCCAAAACGACUGAUCAUUCUGGGAACCGACAACGGCAACGCGCUUUUCUUCCGUUACGAGGGCGACUCAGAAGUUUACAGAUGGGACAGCACUACAUCGUUUCAACCGGCAAACUUCCACGUUGUGUAUAACAGUCAGGAAUGCGCCUUGGCGACGCACAUUGUGCCAGAUUACAAGCGAGGACGGAUGCGCGUACUCGAGAGCAACUUCCCGGAUUACAUGCAGGGCACCGUCGGCUGCGGAGCCAAUCACGCGUUAAACCUCAUGUAGAACAAAACCAUGUUUCCGCUUCGUUGCAAACGAUCUCUACGUGUGUCGAACACGAUCGUUUUGAAAAACAACUGGUUGUUCCAACUGUUUGUGUGACCGAUAAUUUGCAACAAUAUUUAUAAUUUCGACAAGUUCUAUCUUUCUCUCUCUUUCUUCCCAUGCUAUAUAGAUGCGAACCGAUGUGAUUUCUUAUCGUGUCUUUAUUAUCGCACGAAUGUGUAUUAUAAUAUAGCGAUAUCAUUUUUUGUGUGUCUCUGUAGUGUCGAAAUGUGAACUCUCUGAAAUUAUAUCGACUGCGAUGCGUUUUUUGCAUCGACAACGCGAAAACUCAAACAGUAAGCAAAAUGUCACUUACUGAUGUUCAACGGAUGGACAAAUAAACAUGUUACAAAAAAAAUUUGUGAUUUUUAUCUCCUCUUGAUGAAUGCGAGAU